CUCCCAGCUAACAAGUAGUGCGAGUUAUUUUUAUCUUCAACCUGAUGUUGGUGUUUUGACUCUAAAUAUUCCUUUAGUACGGGGAGAUUCAAGAAAAAUUUACGAAUGCUGAGUUAAAAGAAUGUCAACUAAUAUGAAAGAUAUCGAGACAAUACCGACUACAGUCCCAGAAGGCACCCCAUUACCCAUUGAAGCACAGUCAGUCGAAAACUUUGGUUCCUGGGUUCCCACUCCAAGUAAAUCAUCAUCGUCAGGCCGAUUUGCCCAGAUUGAAGUCAUCCCGUGCAAAGUGUGCGGGGACAAGUCAUCGGGCGUUCAUUAUGGCGUUAUCACAUGUGAAGGCUGCAAGGGUUUCUUCCGGAGGAGUCAGUCCGGCCCAGUUAACUACCAAUGUCCUCGAAACAAGAACUGUGUAAUAGACAGAGUCAACAGGAAUCGGUGUCAGUACUGUCGACUACAAAAGUGUAUAGCACUUGGCAUGUCCAGAGAUGCUGUGAAGUUUGGUCGAAUGUCCAAGAAACAAAGAGAGAAAGUUGAAGACGAAGCCAACAUGGUGAAACAAGGGCGCCUCAACGGGUAUGAUGGUCUUCAAACCCCAUUUCCAACAAACAACAACAUUAACAACAUCAACAACAACAACAACAAUCAUCAGUUUGUAACGUUAUCGAGUCCCCAGUACGGGUAUCAGAGCAACGGCUACACAUACACAAUAUCCAACACACAGCCCGCACAGCCCGCACAGCCCGCACAGCAGGAGUUCCCCACAUCAACAGACAACGGCAGCUUUACUCCCACAACCACUACCACCACCACUACCACCACGCCACCACACCCACAUCCAGUCACUCUGCUCCGAGCCAUCGACCUCAUGGACCCCGUAUCAUUCGGCAAGGCAGUGAUGGAGGCCCACAUGAGGACGUGUUUAUACAACAAUGACCAAAUAGAGACCCUUAAACAGAGACCAGCUACAGCAGAGCAGGUGAUCACCUACCAGAGUAUGACUCACCGCCAGCUGUGGAUCGAGAUGGCAGAGAAGAUCACGCUUGCGGUACAACAGAUUAUUGAGUUUGCCAAGAUGGUGCCUGGAUUCAUGGACCUGUCCCAGGACGACCAGAUCAUGCUAUUGAAAGCAGGGAGUUUUGAGCUGGCUCUGAUGCAAGUGUGUCGUGUGUACGAUAGUGCAUCCGAUAGUGUUAUAUUCGGCAAUAACUACGUACCUUUAGAUGCCUUUUCAGUUCUCAAUGACGAAGAAUCAAUUCUGAUGAGGAGCAUCUUUGAAUUUGUAAAGAUUAUUCAAAACUUGAAAAUAACGGACAGUGAGCUGGCUCUCCUCAGUGCUCUGAUUCUUAUAAGUUCAGAUCGACCAGGUUUGAAAGACACAACUGAUAUCCAAAAACUACAUGAAAAAAUUUUGACAGCUCUGAAAUUAGAAAUUGGCGCCAAUCACCACGACGAUCAUGAAUUGCUUUCGAAGGUGUUAACACAAACCCCAAUAUUGCGGACAUUUUCUCUCCAUCAUAUUCGUGCUCUCAAUCGGUUUCGAGAGACUGCUGCUGAUGUAGAGUUCCCUGCCCUUCACAAAGAACUCUUCUCUGUGGAGACCGUAGAAUCAUCAUGAGAGAAUUUCAGAUUCUAGGGAUGUGUUAAUUUUUCAAAGAUUCUGAUUGGAUAAUUUGUGUGACCUGACACUCCCUCUUCCAUUAAUGGGAUCUGCCAAAGCUGAGGCUGGAAGAGUUCAUCCAUGAUUUCAAGGGGUGUUGGAUAGAACAUAAUGAAAUACAUUUGAUUGUUCCAGAAUUCUGGGAAUGGAAGAGAAUGUUCCGCAUGUGCUUUGACAGAGGUCAGAGGUUGUUGCAAUGUGAUUAUUCAAAGUUGUUUUUCUUCCUUUUUUUUUUCAAAUUGAUAGCCUUUUACCACCAUCAUAGUGUAAAUUACAUAAUUCCUCCAUGCAUGUUCUGAGUGUGCUGUACCCAUCACACGUUUCACAUAUAUCGCCACCGUAUCUCACGUGUGACUGGACAAUACGAGCAGCACGGAGUCCUAUAGAAAUAGAAUUUGUAUAACCGGGUUAUAUAUACUGUAUAGUACUAUAUUCAUGCAUUAUCAUCCUAUGAGAGUUACCAUUAUGUAGGUUAGUGUCAUGAGCUGAUUCUGGAACAUUUGAAUGUGGGUCAAGUUCUAGAAUCUCUUGUUAUGAUUGAGAAAUGUUGAGAAAUCACCUGCGACUUCUUGUAUUCGCUAUGUCGAAUUAUUCCUUACCUCAAAUAAUGAAUGGAUCCGUUUACCAAAUAUGUUCAUUUCAUUGUGAACUUUUUUCACACGUCAGUGUAAUAUCUUAUUUUCUUGCGCUGUUAAAAGCAUUGUCAGUAGGUUUUGGCAUGGUUGUAACUCAGCCAUUGAGAAUUUUUGUCAACAACAAAAAAAUCAAAUUUCUGUCAAAUAUGUGCUUUAGAAAUAGUAACAUUAAAUAUUUCUUCAGCUAAAAAUU